AUAACUACUCGAAGUGAUAUUUUGGUUAAUAUAAAAUUUUAUUUUUUAAGCUUUGUUAUGCAAACACGAAUAUUUGCAAGUAAAUAAUAUUAAAAAUUAUCAAAAUUGAUGUUUACGUAAAAAGAAGUUGUUAUAUUAAAAUAAGUAUUAUGUUUACUCGUCCUCAUUGUCGUGAUUGGAUGCCUUUGUUAACACAGCAACUUCGAUUAAGAAAUGUGAUAAAAAUUAUAGGAGAAAAUAUUGAAUGCACUCAAAAUAAAGUGAGAACUCAAUGCAAAAUUUAUUACACAUUGCACCACAAUUUGAAUGGAGAUCCCAUUUAUAGAAGCGAAUUAACUACGCUUCUUGGAAAUGGAAGUGCCAAUUGGGCUGAAAUUGAUAGCGAUUUAUUUAAUAAAAUACCUUGUCGUAGUAUAUGUGUCAAAGUGUGGCAGAAAUCAUUGGAACAAAUCGAAUGGAAAAAUAAUGCAUACUCUGAAGAGGAUUCAAACACAAGUGUAUUGGAGAAGUGUGAGGAUGAAAUGCUUUUUGUCUGGGGGGUAAAUUUUUCAGGCCUGAUUUUAAUAAAACGAUCUGAAUACAAAUUUAAACCAAAUACACUAUUAUUUCAAAUUCACGGUAGUUAUUUUACAUCACCCAAUAAAAUUACAUUAGUAAAAACUAAAGUUGAAACAAUAAGUCAAGUACGACAAGAUAAUGUCGGAAAUAUAAACUCAAGAAAACAAUUCCAUGUAUAUAGAAAUUAUGAUUCUACUUCUAAUUAUUUAGGGAAUAAAAAUUUUAAAAAUGAAUUAACAUACGGUAGUGAUGAUUCACUUUUAAAUAGAAACUGUGAUAUUAGAAAUUCUAGCGAUAAUAUACAUAACACGCUUUUACCCAAUUUGAGCAGUAGUCUUGGCAUACAAACCACUCAUAGUUUUCACGAGGCUGUUACGUUAGCUGGAAAAAGAAGAUACACUAACUUAUCAGAGGAAAACAUAGCAAGUAGUAAUGAUCCUGGCAGUAUUGAAGAUAAAGUCAAAGAAUUUGUAGAGGAAUUAAAAGUUCGUCAUUUUUCAUUCAGCUUCUAUUUAAACGAAACUCGUUCUAGUUACAAUUUGGAGAAAUUGUUAGAAAUUCAAAAACAACAACGAAAAUCAAAACUUUGUUUAAAAGAUUUAAAAGAAAUUAGUGAACAUAUCUAUUUAAGGAGCGCUAAUUGUAUUAGUCUACAGUUGGUAGCCAAUAUAAAACCAGGAGCAAUUUAUCACAACUAUAACAAGUCUAAAAGCUCGCAUUCGAUGGGAAGAACCUUAAACCGUUUAUUAUUUCAAGAGGCUGAAAUAAAACCUGAGGACGUUUUGAAAGCGCAAGGUCUUAAAAAGAAGAUAGAAAAUGCAAAAUUUCGAAUACAAAUUUUAAAAGAAGAAAAGCUUCGCCUGCAUAACAACCAUAAAAAAUUAGAAAAAAAAUUAUCUGAGUUAAGUGACAAAAAUGUAGAAAUGGGAUCUUGGUUAAUGUCUAGAUAUAGAAAUUUAAGUAAAGAAAAAGAACACUUACUUAAAGAAAGUCUUGACACUGUUCUUGAAAAAAGGACAACAUUAUUAAAGACUCAAGCAAUGUUGCGUCAAGUGAAAUCUCAGUUUUGUGAUGAAUUGAGAGAAAUAUUCCAAAUCGAAAAAAAAACAUCGAACAAAUAUACAAUAUGCAAAAUUUACUUACCAAAUACAGAUGAAUUAUGUGACGCAGGGCACCCACAAGAUUCAAUAUUUGUUGUAGUUCCUAUAUCAUUGAGUUCGGCGCUUGGUUAUGUUGCACAUGUUGUGCAAAUGUGUUCCGUUGUAUUAAAUAUUCCAUUACGAAAUCACAUUAAAUGCGAAGGUUCGAGAUCAAAAAUUUAUGACAAUAUCAAAGAAUUACCAAAUAAUUCAAGAGAAUUUCCGCUUUAUACUAGAACUUAUCCUCCUCCAAAAUCGGUUUUAUAUGCUAUUUACUUACUUAAUCAAAAUAUAGGUCAGUUAAAUUUACAAAGUAAUGGAAUUGAGCACUGCGAUCCACGUGCAACUUUAGAAAACUUAUUACAAUUAUUAAAUGGACCCAGAAAUAUGGGCAAUUUUCUUUUACAGUUACCUAAUUCCGAACAAAAUAAUGAAAGUAUUCAUAAUUCGAAACAAUUAAAGUCUGCAUCAUCAACCGACUUAAAUUUAGUUGCUAUAUCAUCUGGAAUUGCCAGUAAAUCUGUUGAUGUUGCAGAUUACAUUAUAAGAAGUCCUUCAAAUAUUAAUUCUAUUGGAAAUGAUCAGCGAAUAUCACGUUCAGUUGGAAGUUACUCAGAUGAAAAUUUAUCUGAUACGAGUGAUAAAAUAUUUUAUAAUUCAGAGCCAAAUCUAACGACGCAUUCAAUUGCUGUUCAUUUGGAAAAUUUUGCGAAAAAUGAAAAUUUUUAAAUAGAAUUUAAUCAAAUCAUAAUUAAACAAAAUAUUUAGAAAUUUUAUACCCAGAUUACAGAAUAUUUUAAGUAAUAAUUUAUAAAAUUGCAUUAUAUUAAAUUUCUAAUAUAUUUCUUUGUUGUUUUUAAUCUAAUUGGCAUCAAAUUUUAAGUUC